AGGCUUGAAGCAGUUGGGAAGCUAUGGAGGUUGAAGGAGAAGACGGUUCCAAAAUUGUGUUACAAAAUGUGGGGGACAAGGUUGUGUUUGGACGAGGCUUUGGUUUUAACACGAGAGACAAGACAGUGUCACGUCGCCACGUUGUGUUUGAACUAGCGAAAUGUGGUAAGAGCCAAACGGGGUCCAAGUACUUCAAGGUUUCGUUUGAGGUUGUUGGGAAGAAUCCCAUGUGGGUGAGGGAACAUGGGAGUGGGGAAAUCCGGGCUUUCAGGAAGGGUGAGAAGGGUGGCGUGGCUGAAGGCGAUUGGCUCUGCUUUUUGUCUGGGAAUAGACCUGUUUGGUUUGCUGUGAGGGAAAGUGAGUUUGGGGAGAGAGCAGAGAAGAGGGUUUUGGAGAGAGAGAUUGGUUUGGGUGAGAGUUUGGGAAGUGGGUUUGAGUUUGAUGAUGGGGUUGAUGUUGAGGCGUUGGAUAUUGACCCUGUUAAAGAGUUUGGUUUUCUUGUGAUGGGGCAUGAGUUUGAUCACUAUCCCAAGCAAAUGCUCCGUGAUAUAAGAAAUUGGGACUGGUUUCUUGAGGAACCUAAAAGAGAUAGUGAUGAUGAUGAGUAUCUUGAGAAGAGCGGAAAGAGAGGAGUGAUGAAAAGGAGAAGGAAAGCUGCAGGCAAUGAUGAUGAUGAUGACUUUACAGGUGAGAGUGAUGAUGACAAGGAGCUUGUCGCAAAACUAAGAAAGGUUGACAGACCUAAAUAUUCUACUAGAUCAAAAGACCGUGACAAGCCUCACAAGGAGGCCAAAGGUAGUAAGAACUCUUUGCAAAAGAAAACUAGUUGUGCAAAUGAAGAUGAUGAUGAUGAUGAAACACUUGGAGGCUUUAUUGUUGAUGAUGUGGAACAAGAAGAAGAAACUGAUGAAGAUGAAGAAGAGUUUGUUGAAGAUGACGAGGAGGAAGAAGUAGAUGAUUGACGCCAUAUCAAGGAGCAGAUACAUAAUUUUGUAAAUGAUGCUCAAGAUGAGCAGUUUUGUAUGUGUAAUUUCUUAUACAUGUUUUUUGUGUUACGUUUUGUACCAUAUGUUUCUAUAAUCUCUCUGUAGCUUGUUUGGAUAGAAUUUCCUUGUGUUGUAAAAUUUGGAAUUUUCUCUUCAGAUUUUAGACAUUGGAAAUUGAGAGUAGCUAACAUUGUGUUUUACUGAAGCAAUCUUUCAGUUACUUGUAGUUCA